UCUCAUUCCGCUUGUCCACAUUAACAACCUUCCCUCUACCUUCGCCUUGCUUUUUACGAUACUUUCCUUCUUUAUUUUAUUAGAACAGAGCCUUCACCUAUUUCCCUUUUAUUUUUUAAAACGUUUACGCGCUUUUUUUUUUACAACUGAUUUCUAAAGGAAAUAUAUCUUGAAAGAGAAGAUUAUUGAAAGGCUUGAUUGUUCGCGUGCAGAUAUCCUCCUUGUACAUGCCUUGAAACAGAUUCUAUUCCUGAAUCACUAGAGCAUUUGGCAUUAUAUUGGUCACAUAUACACAACAACAUAUAUAUAUAUAUCACGCAUCCAAACAUUGAAGCAUCAUGGCUGCACCAGCGGUUGUCAACUGUGAGGUUUUUGCUACUCGCUUGUCUGAUCCUGGCCUAGAAAUUAAGCUCAAGGUAAAGAUUGCCUCAGAGCUUCGGGAUUCGGUCGAGAUGUUCCAAUCAGUCGAAUAUGCGCGGUUUUUAUCAAUUUUGAUGCCAGUCUUUACAGACAUAUUAAUGAACGGUCAACCAGUCUUUGCAAGUAAUGCUCCCGAGCAGAAACUACGCAGUACUAUUCUGGAGAUUCUCCAUCGUUUUCCACACAAUGAUUCAUUUCGUACAUACGCCCCUGACUUACUAAAGUUGCUCAUGCAUCUUCUCAGAGUUGAGAACGAGGACAAUGCGGUCAUCUGUCUGAAAACCAUAAUCGAUCUGCACCGUUCAUAUAAGCAAAUCUUGGAGAACCAAGUACAACCUUUCAUCGAUAUUGUUCAGGAAAUGUACAGGAAUAUGGAACAAACAGUAAAAGACAACUUCGAUAAUCCUGGAACUCCUUUGGGUCAAACACCUGGUGGCCCAUCAGCACUCACAUCACCUCGCCCAGUCUCACCCGCAUCGGAUAUGCCUGAUCAACCUUCCAAGGUCCUCGCUAAGAGUUUGUUCAGUUUUAAAGUGUUGACAGAAUGCCCUAUUAUUGUCGUGUUGCUCUUCCAAACGCAUCGCCAAUUUGUGAAUCCCAAUAUUGCAACAUUUAUCCCGCUGAUUAUCCAGACCUUGAGCUUACAAGCAAGUCAACAAGCUGAGGCACAGCGUAUGGCAGCAGCUCGUGGUGAGAUUUUCGUUGGAGUCAGUCCUGGUAUUCGUAAUAGAAGCGUGUAUUUGGACUUUAUUGUUGCUCAAGUCAAGACCAUGUCAUUUCUCGCAUAUAUCCUCCGAGGCUCUGCAAACGUUUUACGGCCCCAUCAAAAUGCUAUUCCAGACUUUGUGGUCCGUCUUUUGCGUGACUGCCCACCUGAAGCGGCGGCCACUAGGAAGGAACUUCUUGUGGCGACGAAGCAUAUUUUGUCUAUUGAUUUCAGACAAGCAUUUGUACCCAAAAUCGAUAUCUUGCUCAAUGAAAAAGUACUUGUCGGAACUGGUGUUACAUCUUAUGAGACAUUGCGGCCUUAUGCCUACAGUAUCUUGGCGGAUUUGAUUCACCACGUCCGCACUGAAUUGACUCCAACUCAGCUCGCAAAGACAGUCUAUAUUUACUCAAGGAACUUGCAUGACCCUAGCAUGGCAUAUAGUAUUCAAACAAUGUGUGCCAAACUCUUGUUGAAUCUUGUGGUUUGCAUUGUUCGAAUUCCAAACGGCGAAGGAAAAAUCCUUCUAAUCAAGAUUCUAGACACAUUUACAAACAAAUUUGCAUCACUGAAUCGCGCGUUUCCUGCAAUACAAAAGCAGGCCGAGCGAAAAAAGAAUGGUGAUGAGGUGACAGAAGAGGAUUUUGACUUUGAAAAGGCGCGCUCUAUUCACACUAGUCCGAUCUCAAACGAUGUUCAACCUGAUCCCGCAAAGGAGGCACGGUUUCUAUUCAAGAACUUAGUUGUUGGCAUGAAAACUAUCUUGAUUAACCUUAAGAAUUUGAAUGAGGUUGGGGUAGUAACAGGAGCGAACCCAGCUACCCCACGCGAAUAUGUCCAGGAAUUGUCAGAAAUCUUUACGAGACUCUUUCAGGAAGGCCUCAAAUGUUUUGACUAUUAUACAUUGGAUGGGGUCGAUAACUCUACACCCGCACCCCAACCUAUUGAAGAUCAAUCGGCUUUGGACGCUACGCCUGCUGGUCGAGUGCGCCUUACGUCAAAGGAGGAGAAGGAGACGCUUGAGCACUUUGCGCUUAUAUUUACAAUUGCAGAUCCUGCCAUCUUCCAGGAAGUCUUUACAUCGCAGAUGGGCUUCCUCUUUGAUCAAACACUACACAACAUUUCGCUCCUGUUAAUCCCUCAAGUUUUACUAGCGAAUGAGACAGUUUCACAGAACCUUUCGGGGAUCUUGUUCAGAUUCUUGGUGGAUCGACUGGACAAACUGGGCGGAGAAGAUCAAAAUUAUUCAUAUGUUCUUCUUCGGCUUUUUAAGUGCGCAUUCAGGGCAGUGAGUCCAUUUCCAGAAGCGAACGAGGUUGUUUUGCAGCCACACCUCGGCAACAUCAUCAUGAACUCAAUUAAGCUAUCAACCAAAGCAAAGAAACCAGUCAAUUAUUUUAUAUUAUUACGCUAUCUCUUCAGGAGCAUCGGAGGAGGUCGAUUUGAAUUACUCUACAAUGAGGUCAAGCCACUUUUGCAAGUCUUACUGGAGAGCCUAAAUGGCUUACUUGCGUUAGCAAAUAAGCAACACAUGAGAGAAUUAUUCAUUGAACUUUGUUUGACUGUCCCGGUACGGCUGAGUGUUCUUCUCCCUUAUCUUAAUUACUUAAUGAACCCUCUGGUAUUGGCUCUUCAGGCAAACUCGGAGCUUGUGAGUCAAGGCCUCAGGACACUGGAGCUGUGUAUUGACAAUCUGACUCAGGAAUUCUUGGAUCCUAUCAUGGCGCCUGUGAUCACUGAGCUCAUGAAUGCUCUCUGGAAACAUCUCAAGCCUCUCCCAUAUAACCCUAUGCACAGUCAUGCAGCAAUGAGGAUUUUGGGGAAGCUUGGUGGAAGGAAUCGCAGAAUGCUCAAAUAUCCGCCCAAGCUUCAGUAUCACACACCUGCGGACGUGGGCGUUGACAUUAAAAUAUACUUCGAUCCAUCAUUGAAGCCACAUAACUUACCUCUGGAUGCAACACUAGCGCUUGCAGCGCAAACGCUUGAGGAUGCUAAUGCCAACAUCUUUUACCGCGAGCACGCUUACAAAUUCUUGAAAGGGUGUGUUCCGCUUCUUAUCGACACUUCCCUCGGACCAGACGAUCUUGCAGAGCAAAUCCAAAAGAGGAUAGCAAUCUUUACAUCCCAAGAUUCUCCUUCACGUACCAGCACAGCACUUUCAACCAUGGAGAUUGAUCACGAGCCUGGAAAUCUUGGGAAAUUCGACCAUAAACGAUCCCAUACUCAGAGAUCACCUCCUGCAGGCAAAAAGCUGGCUCAGGAACGUGCAUUGGGCCUUGUAAUCCGUUCAUUAUUCAUGGCUGCCUCAAUUGAUGAGCUCAGAGACGAUGCUUGGUCAUUCUUACAAGGAAUCAUUCGCCAUUUUGCAUUGCUUCAUGUUGGCGAGGCAUUGGAUUUCAAGGAAUCAAAAUCACUCACAUUUGACGUCCAUCACAUCAAGGGCCAAAUGUAUCUAGAUACGAACGUCUUUGUUGACGCAGUUGUAGAUAUUACAACAUCGGAAAACCUAACUCUAAGAAAAUUAACCGAGUCUGCGCUCCAGUUGCUGUAUGAGACGUGCACCACUAUUACUUCAAGCAAGGAUGUACUCUUUCAGCUUCCAGUCUUUCAUUUGUUUGCAACUAGGUUCUCUUCCAGCUGCUAUAAGCAGGAGUGGUAUCGAAAGAGUGGUGGUUGCUUCGGAAUUUCCAUUAUGUGUUCUCAACUGGAUAUGGGCGCCAAGUGGAUGUUGGAUCAUGAAUUGGAAUUUGUGAAAGCCCUACUUUACAUUCUGAAGGACAUGUCACCAGAACUGGCAACCGGAAACGUUGAUGACGCUACCCAGACCCUUUCACACGUUCUUAAAGUUUGCAACCGCCCCGAGGACAUUGGAGAAUCAGCCGAUCGACAGGUGAAAUUUAACAACUUAAUCGGACUUUUGAUCUCUGAGCUUUCCAACUCGAAUAGUUCAGUGCGUGAAACCAUCCAGUCAUCAUUUCAAUUGCUCGCAGAUCUGACAGGAAACGAUAAGACUGAGCUUCUUGCGCCUGUGCGUGAUCGACUUUUGACUCCAAUCUUUGCAAAGCCCUUACGCGCACUUCCAUUUGCGAUGCUUAUUGGACAUAUCGAUGCAAUCACCUUUUGUCUAUCACUGAGCCCUCCUUUCCUCGAGUUCAACGACGAGCUUAUUAGGCUUUUACAUGAGGCAUUAGCAUUAGCAGACGCCGAUGAUCAAGCGUUGGUUCAUAAGACGUCGCAGUACAAGAGUGCAUCAUCACUCAUUAAUCUUCGAAUUGUGUGUAUCAAAUUACUUUCAGCAGCUAUGGCUUGCAACGACUUCAGCUCCAAUAAGCAGAAUCAAACAAGACAGCGUAUUAUUUCCGUUUUCUUCAAAUCGCUAUAUAGCAAAUCCUCUGAAGUGGUGGAAGUUGCGAAUAAGGGGCUGAAACAGGUUUUGCAGCAACAACACAAGUUACCUCGCGACCUGCUCCAGGCUGGUUUGAGACCCAUCCUUAUGAAUCUUGCAGAUUACAAACGCCUGACUGUUGCAGGCCUUGAGGGCCUUGCUCGCCUACUGGAACUCCUUGUCAACUACUUUAAAGUAGAGAUCGGCUAUAAGUUGCUGGAUCAUUUGCGACAAUGGGCUGAGCCGACGAUGUUGCAAGAGUGUGCCGGCAAACCUUUAAGUGAAAACCAGGAGAUCCGGAUCAUUGUUGGUAUCCUGAACGUCUUCUGCCUUCUCCCACAAGCAGCAAACAUUUUUUUGGACCAACUUGUCACCGUUGUCCUUGAAAUGGAAAGCCACCUGCGUCGUGCUGCAUCUAGUCCCUUCCGACAUUCUCUAUUAAAGUUCCUGAACCGAUAUAGUGAAGAGGCUGUAGAAUAUUUCCUCGACCGUUUGACGCAAGAACAACACAGUCGACUGUUCGUAGAUCUACUGUCUCUUGAGUUUGCUGCACCGCUACGAGCAGAAAUUACUCGAAACCCUGAAAAAUUGAUCGCUAAGACAUUUUCCAAUGCUGAUGCAUCUGUCCAGUUCCAUGGACUUACGAUUACAAGGGCUGUUUGCAAAUUCAAUGAGGAUUUUAUUUCGACUAACCGACCUGUUUUAGACUCGCUUUUGAACAUGUGGCGUACACCCGCUCGUUUAGAACGCCUUCAGACGGAGGAUACAUUAUCGUUGCCUGCAUUGCGUGAAUCCCAGUAUUUGGUCGAAGCAUUCAUUCUCUAUCUCAAGCAUAAUCCAGAUGAUGUGGAGGUGAUCUUUGAGAUGAUCAGCAUUUUCACGCAAGAAACCGUAAUCGAUUUCAGUUUCCUAAAGAUGUUUUACCAAGAGGAGAUCGCCAUCAAGGCCCCAGCUGCCAGGAAGCGUGCCAUUUUGGAGCAAUUUCUCGUCAUGUUCCAGAACAGUGAAGUCUCUCAGGGAGUUAAGAUGCAAUCGCUUAGAGUGAUCAUCAAUCCUAUGCUUCUAGUUACUUUCUCUCGGGGAUUUUCUGACUACCUUAACGUUAUCGACCAUGCCAUGAUCACUGAGAUCCACUCCAAGAUCUGGCAGCCAUUAUUGAGCGAAAACCAAGAGGAUAAUCAGUACACGGACGAUGCAUUGAGGAUCGAGCUGCUUCAAAUGACCUCGCUUAUCCUGCAAUUCGCAUCAGACUUGAUCGCGGAGGCCAGGAAAGACAUUAUCAUUUUUGGUUGGAAUUAUCUCAAGCUCGACGAUAUUACGGGAAAGCAAGCUGCCUAUGUCCUGAUUGCACGAUUUAUCGCAGCCUAUGAGACCCCAAGCAAAAUUAUCAUCCAAAUUUAUGUUGCACUUCUUAGAGCUCACCAGUCAGAAGCUAAAGCUUUGGUAAAACAGGCACUGGAUAUUGUUGCGCCGGUGCUUCCCAGGAGAAUCCCUUCUACAGAAUCCCCCAAGUAUCCGACGUGGGCUCGUUGGACUCAGCGAGUAUUGGUUGAGGAUGGCCAUAGUGGUUCUCAAUUGAUGAAUGUCUACCAGUUGCUUGUCCGCCAUCCUGAUCUAUUCUAUGAGAGCCGUGAGCACUUCUUACCUCAAAUUGUUACUACAUUAUCCAAAUUGGGUCUUGUUCAGAGUGCAAGCCUUGAAAGUCGUGCAUUGACUAUCAAUCUAGCCGAGCUAAUCCUCAAAUGGGAACGCCGUCGUAUUGGAGAUGCUAAGAGUGCUAUGGAAAUUGAUACAGCGACAGUCGCGACGACAGGUGUCGCUGCGCCGGUCACUACGUCAUCAUAUACGCCAAAUCUUGCUUUACGCGAGAGCGUCAUCAACUUCCUUGUCAGGUUUGCUUGCGCGAUUGCAGAGCCGUUAUCCAAGAAGGGUCUGCCAUUUCGUGCUGUAGAAUUGCUGAGAGAGUUUCUGAGUGCCGAAUUCUGGCCUGAGGUAAACGUGCGGCUUCAAUUCUUAGAGCGUACUCUUUUGCCGCCAGAAUUGAAUGAUACCAAUCAAGUGGUAGCAUGCAACUCGUUGGAGGUCCUACUCGUGUUACUUGAAAACAAAUCUGGUCCCUGGUUCUUGAGCCAUAUUUCACAACUCUAUCGUCUGCUGGAUAGGUGUUUAAUGUCUGAUAACCCUCGCAUUGUGACGAACCUUCAGCCCAUCAUGGAUCUUAUUUAUAAGCAUAUUUCAGCCUCCACAUCCGCAUCACUGCCCCCUUCGUCAGAUGUUCAGUCGUUCAUCGCUGCGGUAGAUGUCAUAAUCAAUGACGGGCUUUUGAAUUUGACAAACCUUUACUCUGUUUUAACACUGAUCCAAUCAUCGUGUCAAUUCCGGCAAGAUGCGAUUGACGCCUUUGUCCCAGGUGUGAUGAAGGUUGUAAGUAAGCUGACCAAGGACCAUAUCUCGCCUACACAAGCAACUAGUGCUAGCCAGUCCACAGGCCCUGACUCCUCGACCAAUAUGCUUAUUACGGCCCUUCGACUACUUAAACUCAGAAUUUCCCACCUUGGUGAUCAAAGACGCUGGUACUUGACAUCAUUAAUCCAAUUAAUUGAAAAGUCAACAGACGUUGAGCUCUCAAGAGCUAUCCUUGAUAUGGCAACAGAAUGGGUUACAGGAAAGACAGAAACAUUCCCAACGAUCAAGGAAAAAGCGAGCUUGAUGGUCAAGAUGAUGUGUCUGGAAACGCGGGGUGAUAAGAAGUUGAUCGAAGACUUUCUGGAGCUUGUUGUAGCCAUCUAUAAUGACCCAAGCUUUGCCCGUUCAGAGCUCACGGUGCGACUUGAGCAAGCAUUCUUGAUGGGCACCAGGAGCGAUAACCCGCGCCUUCGGAACCAAUUUGCAGAUAUCUUUGACAGAAGCAUCGGUCGGUCACUGUACACUCGUCUGACAUAUGUUAUUGGUGGUCAGUCAUGGGAAUAUCUUGGUGGCCAAUGCUGGCUUCAGCAAGCACUCGAUAUCUUGUUUGGGGUUGUCAUUAAGCCCAGAGCCUUACCACUCUCAUCAGAUGGACUCCAGACUAAACCUAUCCAGAGAGUCGGAGUUGUAGUCGCGGAAAGAAAAGAUGAAAUUGAGACUAAAGGCUCCCCUGAGUUGCUUGAAUUCUUGACAAAGCAUCGCGAAUUCUUGGCUCAAAUCAACCUGUUGAAUACGAACGAUGUCAUUUUGCCGCUCAAGCAGCUGCAACAUCUGGACCCCGUGGUGACGCACCGUCUUUGGACUGAUCUCUUCCCUCUUUACUGGUCAGCGACCUCAACCAAGGAAAAGCAAGAACUGACAAAGAUUUUGAUCCCGCUACUAGCAAAAGAAUACCAUAACAAGCAACAAGAUACACGCCCCAAUGUUAUCCAGGCCCUGCUAGAAGGUAUAUCACGCUGUACUCCAGCCAUCCGUCUUCCUCCUCAUCUUGUCAAAUACUUGGGCAAGAGGUUCUGUGCUUGGCAUACCGCGACGCAUUUGCUGCAAAACUCGAUCCCUGAUGGUAAACCUAGCGAUACCAGCGGAGUUAAAGAUGAGGAGAAGUUACGGAAUAGCACGUUGGAUGCUCUAGCAGAGUUGUAUACGACACUAGGGGAAGAAGACAUGUUUUAUGGUCUUUGGAGACGUCGCUGCCUGUACUCAGAGACAAAUGCAGCCAUCUCCUAUGAGCAGAGUGGAAUGUGGCAACAAGCACAGAUCAUGUACGAAAGCGCAGUCAACAAAGCAAGGACAGGGGCUUUACAAUUUACAGAAUCAGAAUACUCACUUUGGGAGGAUCACUGGAUUACCUGCACACAGAAGCUUCAAAGCUGGGACAUUUUGGCAGAUCUUGCUAAGCAUGAAAACAACACUGAACUGCUGUUAGAGUCAAAUUGGAGGCUUUCGGAUUGGACUUCAGAACGUGAAGUCAUGGAGCAACUAGUAUACUCGAUCACGGAAGCACCAACGCCGCGGCGUCGUGUGUUUGAGGCAUUCUUGGCCCUCAUCAAAGCCAAUCAACCUCAUGGGCAAUCGACAGAGGCGAACACUUCAGAGUUUGCCAAGCUAUGCGAUGAAGGCGUCCAGCUAUCGCUGUGGAAAUGGCAUACACUACCGGAAGUAGUGUCUCAGACUCAUGUACCUCUCCUACAAGUCUUCCAGCAGUUUGUUGAACUCACUGAAGCAAAUCAGAUCUAUCAAAGUUUAGCAAGCACGACAGCACUGAAUCUGGAAAGCAAAUCUCAGGACCUGAAAAGCACGCUUCAGACUUGGAGAGAAAGAUUACCCAACACAUGGGACGAUAUCAAUGUGUGGAGCGAUCUUGUAGCCUGGCGUCAACAUAUAUUCUCAGCAAUCAAUAAGACCUAUUUACCACUAAUCCACCAGCUGCCGUCUGUCACCCCUGGUACUGGUGGCUCUAAUUCCAAUUCCUUUGCGUACAGAGGCUAUCAUGAAACCGCCUGGAUCAUCAAUCGAUUUGCUCAUGUUGCGAGAAAACACCAACUGGCGGAUGUUUGUAUCAAUCAACUAACGAAGAUCUAUACAUUACCAAAUAUUGAGAUUCAAGAAGCCUUCUUGAAGCUGCGAGAGCAAGCCAAGUGUCAUUUCCAGAAUGAGGCGGAAUUGACCACAGGACUCGAGGUUAUCAACAAUACAAACCUUAUGUAUUUUAGCUCAAAUCAAAAGGCCGAGUUUUUUACCAUGAAGGGGAUGUUCCUCGCUAAGUUAUCUCUACAUGAUGAAGCCAACUUGGCAUUUGUGAACGCAGUGCAAAUCGACUUGGGACUUGCCAAGGCAUGGGCAGCAUGGGGUAACUACAAUGAUCAACAGUUUAAGGAGAAACCCAAGGAAAUCACUCUAGCCAGUCAUGCUGUAAGCUGUUACCUGCAAGCUGCUGGUAUCUACAAGAGCUCUAAGUCCAGGAAGUAUCUUGUGCGAAUCCAGUGGCUCAUGACACAGGAUGACAGUCAAGGCACUGUGUAUCGUGCAUUUGAAGCCUUCAAAGGAGAGGUACCUGUCUGGUACUGGAUCACAUUUAUUCCCCAGCUUCUUUUGUCACUCACACACCAAAAAGAAGCCAAGCAUGCCCGCCACAUUCUGAUGAAGAUCGCCAAGUCAUUCCCACAGGCCCUUCAUUUCUCACUGCGAACGCUGAGAGAGGAGUAUGCAUCUAUGAGAAAAGGCCAGCAAGCUCAACAACAAGCGCAGCAAUUGGCACAGAACCAGCAGGCAAAGGAACAGCAAGCAGGCCACGCCACACAACAAAACCAGCAGAAUCAGCAAGCAUCGAGUCAGACAAAUAUCAAUACGACAAGCGCUACUACACCAGUGACUCCUACCACGCCUGCAGUCGCAGGACCUUCCAUGACACAGACUCCCACUUCUGCAUCAACUCCGACAACCCAGCCAACUUCGACCGCUGAUACAAAUCCAGCCACGACUCCAGCUGCAGCCACAACAUCAACCCCUGCUGCUACUGCAACGACGCCGGCUACCAGUACCACUAAUGGGCCUCAGUCCCCACAGCCCGGCACUCCUAAUACUGCCUCUAAUCAACUGACAGCCCAAACAGCAAAUCAACCCAGUCAACAAGGGCAACAGGUACAGCAGGCUCAACAGGCGCAACAGAACCCACAGGGACAGCAAAAUGUUCCGGCUCAACAGCAGCAACAAACCCAGCAGGCUCAGCAACAAACCCAGCAGCAGGUACAACAACAAGCUCAACAGCAACAAGCUCAGCAGCUAUUGAUGCAAGCACAAGCACAGGUUCAAGCCACUGCACAACACUUAGCUCAAGCACAAGCACAAUUACAAAUGCAAGCACAGGCAUUGAAUCAGGCACAGGCCAAUCUCCAGGCGUUGGUCCAACAAGCUCAACAAAAUCCAGCUCAGGCACAAGCUCAAGCUCAAGCCCAAGCCCAAGCGCAGACACAAGUUCAAACCCAAGUGCAGAUUCAUGCACAAGCGCAAGCGAAUGUCCAUGCUCAAGCUCAAGCUCAUGCUCAAGCACAAGCAAGGCUUCAGCAGAUCACUGCGCAAUUUCCAGGCUUAGUCACUAACGCUACAGGUGUCAAUCCUAUGCGUAAACCUUGGGAGCACGUGGAUGAUAUCAUGAAUAUUCUUAAGACAGCCCACCCACUAUUAGCAUUGUCAAUGGAAUCUAUUGUUGAUCAGAUUCAACAGCGUCUGAAGCCUUCUCCAGAAGAGGAUAUGUACCGUCUCAUCGUUGCAUUGUUGACAGACAGCUUCCAGCAAUUGUUUCAACGUUUGAUCCUCAACAAUGAGAGCGAGCAGCUCUCUAAUGUUACAGAGGCCAACCUGACUCGAUUCUCUGAGAAUUUGUUUCAACCACAAGUGAAAGCAGCAUUUGUGCAUGAUUUUAUUGCCAACAAACCUACACUGAGCCAAUUUGUGACCAGACUGCAACGCUGGAGAGAUAAAUUUGAGGAUAUUCUAGAUAGCAAACCCAGAAGACAACAGCUUGAGAACUGGAGCCAUUAUUUGGCAGAGUUCCAGCAUCAAAAGUUUGAGGAUGUCGACAUCCCAGGGCAGUACCUUUUAUUGAAGGAUAACAGUAAUGACUUUGUUCGAAUUGAUCGAUUUGAGUCUGAAGUAGAGCUCUUGCGUGGUCCUAUGAACUGUAGCCGAAGACUGACUAUCCGCGGCCAUGAUGGAAGCUUACAUCCGUUUAUUGUGCAACAACCUGCUUCUCGACAAGGACGCAGAGAAGAACGUGUGAUGCAGCUCUUUAGGAUCCUGAAUGAAAUCCUUGAAAGGAAAAAAGAAAGUCGCAAGCGUAAUCUAUUUUUUCACUUGCCGCUUAUUAUUCCAUUAGCGCCACAGAUCCGAAUCCUUCAGGAUGAUCCCUCGUAUGCGUCUUUGCAUGGAGUCUUUGAGGAACAUUGUCACAUGAUUGGUAUCCACAAGGAUGAUCCUAUCAUGUACUACACUGCGAAAGUUAAGGCUGGCAUGGACAUCAAGAAGCAAGCGGAUAUGCUGAAUCUCAAGAUGGAGAUUGCGGAUGAAAUUGCAUCCAAGAUGAUCCCAGAAACGAUCUUGACAGAUUUUAUGGCACGUAACAUGAAGUCGUACACUGACUUAUGGAUGAUCCGCAAGCAGUUCACAGCACAAAUGGCAUCUGUGACGUUCCUGACGUACAUUAUGAGUAUUGGCCACCGCUUCCCUACCAAGUGGUUUAUUUCAUUGCAGACAGGAAACGUUUGGACAUCAGAUAUGCUCCCAGUGUUCUCUCCGCAAACAACAACUUUUUCGAAUUCUGAACCAGUGCCUUUCCGGUUCACGCCCAACAUUCAACACUUUAUUACUCCGACAGGCGUUGAGGGUGUAUUCACAAGCUCACUCAUGUCGAUAGCGAGAUGCUUGACAGAGCCCGAGUUUGAGUUUGAUCAAUACUUGGGUAUAUUUAUUCGAGAUGAAUUGGUGAGUUGGUUUACAGCAGGUAUGAAGCCGUUAAAUGAACAGAAUUUGGGUGAACGCGUGAAUUCAACGGUGGAACAAGUAUUGAAGCGCACAUCACUACUAUCAUGUAAGCCGGAGCGAGAGAAGGGCCGUGGCACCAACAUCCCAGCCAAUCAGACAAUCUUGGAUCUAAUCUCACAAGCGUCCAAUCCACUUAAAUACGCUCAGAUGGAUUGUACUUGGCUGCAAUGGCUGUAA